GAUUCUCUGAUCGGAAACACUCAGUUGACCGAGUCGAGAUGCACGAAGCGGGUCAGCCCCACAGAAAGGCUGCGCUUACUUGGCUUGCGCGCACCCAGGUGUGUGGGAUCGACGCGGGCCUGCAGGAUCAACUGAAAGAUGAGGCGAAUUACUGGAAGGAGGUAUUGAGGAGAGUUGUGGCCGUGAUCAAAUUUCUGUCAGAGCGUGGGCUCGCUUUCAGGGGAGAAAAUGAAACACUGGGCUCAGUGCACAACGGCAAUUAUUUGGGCAUCUUAGAGUUGCUGGCCAAGUUUGACCCAUUUUUGGAUGAACACUUAAAACGUUUUGGAAACAAGGGGAGGGGAACACCCUCAUAUUUGUCAUCGACUGUAUGCACUGAGUUUAUUGCACUCAUGGGCCAGCGAGUACAAUCAGAGAUAAUAAUGCAGCUUCAACACGCAAAGUAUUUUUCACUUAUUGUGGAUUCUACACCAGAUUUGAGUCACACUGACCAACUAACAUUUGUGGUGCGUUACGUGUCUCAGGAGGGCAAGAUCUUUGAGAGAUUUUUGAAAUUUCUGCCCAUUUUUAGCCAUACAGGCGAGUCCCUUUUUGACUCAGUCACGGGUGUGCUGCAGGACAUGCACAUAGACAUUAAAAAUUGCCGGGGACAGUGCUAUGACAACGCGUCUAACAUGGCAGGUGCAUACAAGGGAUUGCGUGCCCGAAUUCAGGAAAUAAACCCACUUGCGGAUUGGAUUCCAUGCGCGGCCCACUCCCUGAACCUUGUUGGGGUCUGUAGUGUGGAUUGUUGCCGUGACGCCAGCUCUUUUUUUAGGCUAGUUCAAUCCAUCUUCACUUUUUUCUCAGCUUCGCCUAGCCGCUGGAAAAUAUUAAUGGAUGGACUGGAGUCUAACGAGAACAAACGCAUGGAGAUGGUGAAGGGACUUUCAUCGACGCGAUGGGCAGCACACGCCCGGGCUACAAAAGCUCUCCGUUUAAAUUUAAAAAAUAUCCACGACACUUUAAACGAGAUAGCAGAAGACGACCAUCAGAAAUCAGCCGCACGAGAUGAGGCGAAGUCUCUAGCAAAAAAAUUGAAUAGAUUCGAGACAGCAUUCCUCGCCAUCAUAUGGGAUACCGUGCUGCAAAGAUUUGACAUCACAAGCAGGGCCCUGCAGACGGUGGAGUUGGACCUAGUUACUGCUGUGGAAUUGCUCCAGUCCCUCAUAGACUUUGUGUCCAAUUUACGCUCCCAGUACAAACACUUGGAAUCCCAGGCCAAAUCGCUAUCACUGUCACAGCAGUACACUGUGACUCGACAGGUGAAGCGCACCGGCACCACACCGGCCGAUGACACAGACGAACCAACCCUUGUGUCCAAUGCGGGAGAAAAUCGCUUUCGGGAGACAUUCUUUGUCAUCAUAGACAAACUGAUCAGUGCAUUACAACAGAGACACGCAGUGUACAAAGAAACGUCCACCUACUUCGGAUUUCUAACGCAACUGGACACAUUGUCUCUCAGUGAAAUACGCGAGAAAAGCGUCAACCUGCAGGCAAAAUACCACGAAGACCUGGCUGAUGAUUUCCCUGAUGAACUAGGACAGUUUUUGCAUUUCGCAAAGUCUCCACUGUAAACAGGCAGCCGAUGAACCUACUGUCAUUCAUUCGAGAAAGGAAUCUACAACAAGUUUUUCCAAAUGUCGACAUAGCACUGCGGAUCUACCUUACAUUGCCUGUCAGCAAUGCCAGCGGGGAGAGGUCAUUUUCCAAACUUGGAAUUAUCAAGAACAGGCUGAGAACGACAAUGUUGGAGGAGAAACUUAACAAUCUGACUUUAAUGUCAAUUGAGCAAGACAUGCUGGCCCAAAUGAACUUUGAGGAGCUCAUUAAUGAUUUCGCACGGAAGAAGAGCAGAAGACGGGCCUUCUGAAGUCCCUUGGUGAGUCAUGUUUGCCGCGGCGGCCUCCUCUAUAUGACCCAGCCCCAUUAAUGUGUAAAAUAGUUUUAGCUUGUUUGUGUGCACAUUUCAAACAGUUCACCCCAAAUAUGUUGCAUCGUACGGUCCUGCCUGUCUUCUUGCUUGGUGUUUGUUGUGCGUAACCGGACAUGUACCAGGGCGUUACUCCCGGAGUAAAUUAACCAUUCAAUGCCCAAACCGUUUGAGCCAUAGCCAGGGCCUUCAUUGACCUUUGUUUAAUAGCCUACAUUGUUUUAUAGUUUUUGACGAGUUUACAAAAACAGGAUACAUUUCUAUAAAUUAAGUAACUUUCAAAAAACAUUUCAUUUAUGUUGUCUGGGCCUAACUUGCUGUACUUGAUAGCAAAUGCAUUUUAGGGCCUAUUACUUUUUCUGUAAUGAUUUGCCAAAGUCACCAAAUCACCAAUUUCAUACUUUCUUUUUUUCUACAUUUUCAAAUAGGCCAAUUCAGAUACAUUUUGUUUCCCCAUCCUCAUUCUGUCAGCUUUGUCAACACUACUGCAAUUAUAAUAAAGCUACCCUUGAAUUGAAAUGAAUUUAAUUGAAUUGAAAUCAUAUUACCAGUUCACUUUAAAUAGAUUGGUCAUAGAUUGGUAGGCCUACUGUGUACGCUGAUGUGUCAGUGGGUUUGUGUGAGGUCAUGCGUCAGAACAUCAUGAUAUGAAGGGCCUCACCCGGGUAAUUAGCCCCGGGCCUCAGAAAGUGUUAAUCCGGCCCUGACCCAGACUGAACUGGGCAGUGGAGGUUGUUGGUCUGCAGGUGGCUGUUCAGCUGGUCUAGGACUAUCCGCUCAAGAAGCUUAGAGACAACAGGAAGGUUUGAGACUGGUCUAUAGUUCUUCAAGCAGUCUGGAUCUGCAUCCUUCUUCUUUAGGGUCGGUUUGACAACCGCCUUCUUCAACUCACUAGGAAACUCACCCUGCAUCAUCGAGAUGUUAACAAUGUGCAGUAGAAUGGGCACAAGCUCGUUUGAGCACUUCUUCAGGAGGAAUGUUGGUAUAGGGUCUAAGCAGCAGAACUUGCUGGACAGUUUAGAGAUGUACUUCAACAGAGAAUCUUUGCUGAUGUGAUCAAAUGCUUCACACUUUAUUCCCACAGGGUACUUAAAAUCAUCAUCUGCUGGUUUCCUCUGGUUUUCUUCUUCAGCUUCAGCUUCAAUACUGGAUCUGAUGAAACCGUUCCUGAGCCUGACGUAAUCAUCGUGUGUUCCUUUUCCCUUCCUCCAUGCUGUCUCUGCAGCCCUUCUUUUCCUCUGCAAUACACGUAGCUCCUCAUCCAUCCAGGGGCGAUCUUCAGGGGCGAUCUUUUAUCAACAGUCUUGUUGAUAACCGGACAGUGCUUGUCCAUGAGUUCCAGCAGUACUUUGUUGUAGAGAGAGACAGAUUCCUCAAGGCUCGCAGAGCACCACUUGCUCCAGUGACACAGAUUGUAGGAUAUCCUCCCUGAAAUCAUCAAUAACAAUCUCGUUAAAGUCCCUGUAACUGAUUUUCCUAGCAUCAUCAACAAGAUGUGAGACACUAGCUGAAACUUCUGCUCUCACCAAAGAAUGGUCCGAUGAUGUUCCCGAGUCUACAACACUAAUAGAGUGCACACAGUCUCUAAACCCAUCUGUUGUGAUAAUAAGGUCAAGUGUCCCUCCAAGAUUGUGCGUUGGCACCAGUGGCACACACUGUUGAAGUCCAUGUUGGCUAAGUAGUGUAAAAAACUUCUCAGGGUAGUGGUCACCAGGUCGCUCAACGUGUAUGUUGAAGUCGCCGGCCAUAACUGGAGUUCCUGGCUUAUUGGAGAGGUCAGAGAGGUAAUCACUAAAUUCCUCAAGGAAAAAACCCUCAGUAUACCGAGCCUUCUUCGUGUACGGUGGCCUGUAGAUAUUUACCAGACGUAGCAUCGCACUCUCGGUCUCAAUAACAGUCUCCAUAACUUGAUAGGAUUUGUAUUUCUUAACAUUAGUAUUGGACUUCAGCUUGAGGUUUUUGUUGUAGAUAACAGCAAUACCCCCUCCAGAACGGUGCUUCCGUGGGUCAGAAACUAUUCCCCAGCCAUAGUCUUUGAUCUCUUGUAGCUUUGCAGUAUCUGCAUGCUGGAGGAAAGUCUCCUGAACAAAGCAUAUAUCAAUCUCCUGGUCUGCAAGAUGCUCAAGAACACCAACUGUUUUGUUCACAAUGGAGUGUGCGUUGAAACUUGCCAGUAUUAGUUUAUCCCAAGUUCUUUUUGAAGAUCCCUUGACCUCUGAACAGUCGUUUUUUGCCUCAUCACUCCCGAAGGUCCUCCCCAUGAUCUGAGCUCUCUCUUUGACGUGGAAGGGACAGAGCCUAUCAGCUGCUGUGUGUGUCCUACACUUAUCCUUCUCUCUCUUGUUGUUGCUGUGGCUGCAGUUACUACACUUGAUAGCGGCAGUAUCCUUACUUUUGCGUCUUUGGCAGUCUUUAGAAGUGUGUGAACCAGCGCAAUACGAGCAGACAGGUGUACUUUUCUUCUUACAGUACGGAGAGCCACUCAUGUGUCCGUAUUCCUGGCAGUCGAAGCACUGUACCACAUGGUACCUAUCUGACUCUGUGCUGUCGGAGGUCUACAUGUAUCCAGUCACCGGACUCCCUCAAACACUGUCUGAUUCUAGGUGAAACCUGGAGUACUACAAAAUCCUUGGUCUUUUUGUCAAGGAAAACAACCUUGAACAAUUCUCCUUCUUUCAGCCGCCGAAUACCCUGAUUCUUUUCUAGGAUCUUCUUCUCUAGGUCCUCACCACAGCUGUACUCAGCCUCCAGAUCAAACAUUGUCAGCUUAGGAUCCAGCUUCUUUCUCUCUGUGGUCUUUGAGGUAGCCUUGUACUUCGAUUCCAGAGCUUCUUUUGCACUGUCCCGGUGCUCCUUGGUCGAGAAAGUCAUGUUAACAGCUCCUUUAACUUCAUGGUGUUGAGUCUUCAGAAUAGGGAUCGUGGGUACAGAGGUCUUGAGAUCUCGCUUCACUACGUCCACAUAUUCCUGGUGAGAUCUCUUCUUAGGUUCUUCAUCUCCUACCACUUGCCUCUUGAGGAAAAGGCUGUAGGUCUCGCUCGGCUGGUCGCUAGUAGGGAGUAGGUCUGUUAUCUCUUUCCUAACAAGUGCAGGAACAUCAGAGUCACAGCUGGAGUCGGCCGACACCUUCUUCAGCUCAUCUAAGGCCUUCAAUGAGAACUUGUAGAAAUCCUUUGCGAGGAUAAAAAGAGAUGUCUUUGAGUUCUUGGGAUCCAUAUCCCCGUACUCCAUGUUAAUAUCCAUCUUCCGAUUACCUGCUAGACUGUUCUUUAGUUCAUCUAGUUCUGCGGCAAGCUUUGCCGCCUUAUCAUCACUCAUGGUGACGCUACUUUGCCUUUUCGUCAAAUUGCGCUCUCUGGUUUCCGGGUUCCGGGUUGUCCUGAACGCAGCAUUAGCUUGAGCUAGCUCUGGGGGGCUAGCUCUAGU